AUGAGAGAAGCAGCUGAGAUAGAGACGGGACCUGUUGGGGAGUGGAGUAACUUGGAUCCACUUACAGAAACUUAUGGGAUUCCCUUUUACUUACAGUACCUUGCCCACUGGCCAGAGUAUUUUAUUGUUGCAGAGGCACCUGGUGGAGAAUUGAUGGGUUAUAUUAUGGGUAAAGCAGAAGGCUCAGUAGCCAGAGAAGAAUGGCACGGACACGUCACAGCUCUGUCAGUUGCCCCAGAAUUUCGACGUCUUGGUUUGGCUGCUAAACUUAUGGAGUUAUUAGAGGAGAUUUCAGAAAGAAAGGGUGGGUUUUUUGUUGAUCUCUUUGUAAGAGUAUCUAACCAAGUUGCAGUCAACAUGUACAAGCAGCUGGGCUACAGCGUGUAUAGGACAGUCAUAGAAUACUACUCAGCCAGCAACGGGGAGCCCGAUGAGGAUGCUUAUGAUAUGAGGAAGGCACUUUCCAGGGACACAGAGAAGAAAUCCAUCAUCCCGUUACCUCAUCCUGUGAGGCCUGAAGACAUCGAAUAACCCUGGGCAGUGGUUCUCAGGCAGAUGCUCCAAAUGUUACGUGGACAAUAUUAUUUUCAUUGGGUGAUCUUGGAGUUCUACUGGAGAAAAAUAAUUUAGGUCUGAAAGACUUGAAGAAAAUACAGGCUAUCAACUUAUUUUAAAUUUCAUUGUUUCCAGUUAGCAAUAUCAUACCUAUUAAAGCUGUUCUCUGUAAUAAAAUUCAAUCAAAAAGGCAGCUGAGUCAGAAGGAAGCAUAUCAUAGUUCAUAACAUUCACUGUGUCAUAGGGAAAAGAAUUGCUCCAAUCUCCUGCUAAAUUUUGUGCCUGAGAACCACUGCUGCAUAUAUAUAUAUAUAUUUUUAAUUUUGUAUUGAACUAUAAUUGAAGCUUUAAAAGCAUAUAUGAAAUGUAUAAAUCUAAGAUGUAUAAUGAAAUACACUGUCGACUCUAUGAA